AUGGUUUUUAUUGAUUUGGAAAAAGCUUAUGACCGUAUACCAAGAGAAGUGCUUUGGAAAGCGUUGGAAAAAAAGGGAGUACGGAUUGCUUAUAUUAAAGCCAUACAAGAUAUGUAUGAGGGGGUAAAAACUAGUAUAAGAACGCCUAGUGGUCAAACAAAGGAUUUUCCUAUAAAGAUUGGACUACAUCAGGGAUCAUCUCUGAGUCCUUAUUUGUUCAACUUGAUUUUAAAUGUUUUGACGGAACAUAUUCAAGAGGAAAUCCCGAAAUGUAUGCUCUUCGCGGAUGAUAUAGUUCUUAUAGCAGAGACAAGAGAAGAGGUUAAUUGCAAACUUGAGUUAUGGAGGAGGACAUUGGAGUCGAAAGGUUUUCGUCUGAGUAGAAGUAAGACGGAAUAUUUAUAUUGUAAAUUUGGUAAAGGACUAUUCGAAAAUAAUUUGGAAGUGAAAUUGGGAGAUCAAAUUAUACCUCAAGUGGAAAAAUUUAGAUAUUUGGGAGCCAUUAUUCAAAAUGAUGGCGAAAUCAGUGGAGAUAUUUUACAUAGAAUUCAAGCUGGGUGGUUUAAUUGGAGAAAAGCUAAAGGAGUUAUUUGUGACCGUAAGGUGCCUAAUAAACUUAAAGGAAAGUUUUAUCGUACUGCUAUCAGACCGGCAAUGUUAUAUAGUAGUGAAUGCUGGGCUCUAACGGGACAGCAAGAGCAUAAAGUUGGAGUAGCAGAGAUGAGAAUGUUACGAUGGAUGUGCGGACAUACACGUAAAGAUAAAAUUCGAAAUGAGCACAUACGUGAAAAAGUGAGGGUGGCACCUAUUGAGGAAAAAAUGGUAGAAAAUCGGUUGAGAUGGUUUGGGCAUGUACAAAGAAGACCAAGGGAGGCACCAGUGAGAAGAGUGGAACAUAUAACUUUGAGUCCGAUUAAGAGAGGUAGAGGAAGGCCUAAGAGAACACUCUUGGAAGUUGUUGAACGUGAUCUCUUAAUUAAUAAUAUUUCUAAAAGCUUAAUAAAUGAUAGAGCACAAUGGCGUCUUGCAAUUCAUGUAGCUGACCCCACCUAGUGGGAUAAAGGCUUGUUGUUGUUGUUGUUGUUGUUGUUGUAAUUAGGAUAUAAUUGAUUAGUUAGUUAAUAUAGCCGUUGGGAAAAGCUUGGGAAGGGACGUCUAUAUAUAGGCUGAUAAUUGUAUUUUGAUGUUUUAUGAACGGAAGACGUAUUAUUCAGUGCAAUCUCUAUUUCUCAAUCUCUCUCAACUUCUCCUCUUUAAUCUCUCUUCUUUCCUGCUCUCUCUAUCUUCCUGUUCUUCUCUCAGUCUCAGUCAUUCCCGCUCCCUCCCUCAACUUUCUAUCUUUCCAAAUUAUUCUUACCUAUCAGUGGUAUCAGAGCCAGGCGCUCCUCAGCCCCCUCUUCUAUAUCUCCAAUUACGGUUCAUGGUCAAGACGCGUAGCAGACACCAACAAAGCCGACCAGAGAUGGAAGAUUUCAUGGUCAAGAUCGAAGAAAACAAUGGAAAGAUUGAUGCUUUGACCGAAUUGGUUGAUGGGCUUUCCCAACAGUUUCAGUCUUUGGUAAGGGACCGAGAGGCUGAAAGAGAAGGCCACCACCGAAAUGGACAGAUUGCUGAACGCCAUCAUGAGCAUGAGGAUUAUAAACGCAGAGAGGGGUAUGAACGAAGAGAAUACCGGAGGCCCAUGCAGUUCACGAAGAUGGAGUUCCCAAAGUUUACUCGGGAAGACGUUCUCGGGUGGAUUUUGAAAUGUGAGCGAUAUUUCGAGCUUGACGAGACGCCAGAAGAAACCAAGAUCAAGAUGGCAAGCAUGCAUCUUGACCCAAGAGCCUUCCAAUGGCAUCAAGCUUAUGAGAAAUCAUGCGAAGGAAUUUGGCCGACGUGGGAAGAAUAUAUAGAAGAAGUGAAAGAUCGUUUCGGACCUGUUCAUGAGACGCCCAUGAGCGAUUUAGCUCGUUUGAAGCGACGAGGAGUUUUGGCUGAGUAUCACGAUGAGUUUGAUAUGCUUGCGUGUAAGCUGCGACUGCCAGAAGAGUAUUUGGUGGACAUGUACCUCUCGGGUCUUCGAGAGGAAUAUGAGGGUCCAGUCCACCUUUUCAAACCUCGGACCCUAAGGGAGGCUCGAAAACUCGUGAGAAUGCAAGAAAUCAUAUUCCAGAGACAGACCGAGAAGAAAAGCCAGAAUAAAAGGGGAGGAUACGUGGCCACCUCAAUUUCGGCCACCCAACCCUCAGCACCAGCCACACAAACCUUCCAGUCAAACACGUGGGGUUCAUAUAAAAAAGCACUAAUGGGUAAUGGGGCCCAUACCAAAGCCAAGACACCCUCUUUACCUCAGAAAAGUGUCUCGGUCAAUCAAAAAUUAGUCAACACUGUCCCGAAAAUCCUUUCGGCGGAUGAAGAAGCUGAACACAGAAGAAAAAACUUGUGCUUCUACUGUCAUGAAAAUUUUUCACGGGAUCAUAGAUGCCCACAAAGGCAGAGAUUACAGCUUCAUUUUAUUGAGGUUAAUGAUGUCCCAGAAGAAGUUACUCAGUCGGAAGAAGAGGGUGAGGUUGAAGGGGAAGACACCCAACCUUUUAUCUCACUACACGCUAUGGAAGGAGUUGAUGAUGGCUCUUCAAUGAGGCUCAUAGGGUAUUUUGGCAAGAGAAAGCUUCAUAUUCUAAUUGACAGUGGCAGCACCCAUGACUUUUUGGACUUUAAUGUGGCAAAAAGACUCGGGUGGCAAGCUGAUGGAACGAAGGAGGAAUGGGUAGAGGUGGCUGGAGGAAGAAGACUGAAGGUGCAUGGAAUUUGGGAGGGGUUCAAAUGGAGAAUGCAGGGCUUAGAAUUUUCUUUUGAUUUUAGAAUUCUUGAAUUACAUACCUAUGAUCUAAUAUUGGGGCUGAAAUGGCUCAAAAGUAUUAAAAAUGCUUUCUGGGAUUAUGAAUCUCUAACCAUGUUUUUUUGGCUUGAAGGAAAAAUGUGUAAGCUUCAAGCUAUGCCUUCCAAUACCCUACGAGUAGUGCAACCAAAGAGAGUGGAAAUUAAGGAUUUUUCUACUAACCAAGUAUUUUUACUGCAAUUAAUUCCCAAGGGGCGUGAGAAGGUGGAAAUCUUCUCAGUACAGACCUGUACGGAAAUCCCAGAGGCGAUUAAUUCCACACUGCAAGGGUUCCCUAACCUCUUUGAAGCACCCAAGGGGUUGCCACCGUUUCAUGAGGGACAUGAUCACUCUAUUGUUCUUCAAGAAGGUACCAAUCCCGUAAACUUAAAGCCCUACAGAUAUCCCUCCGCCCAAAAGGAUGUUAUUGAAGGGUUAGUCAAGGAAUUACUACACACGGGGGUAAUACAAGAGAGUUCCAGCCCAUUUUCUGCUCCAAUUGUCUUAGUCAAAAAGAAGGAUGGUAUUUGGAGGAUGUGUAUAGAUUAUAGGGAAUUAAAUAAAAAGACAGUGAAAAACCAAUAUCCUAUUCCCUUAGUGGAAGACCUCUUUGAUGAGUUAAGUGUUGCAAAAUGGUUUACAAAAUUGGACUUGAGGGCUGGUUAUCAUCAAAUCCGAAUGGUGCCUCAAGAUGUUUCAAAGACUGCUUUUAAGACACACAGUGGACAUUAUGAAUGGUUAGUUACGCCAUUCGGUCUAACGAAUGCACCAGCAACUUUCCAAGGGGCUAUGAAUAGUAUAUUCCGUCCUUAUUUGAGGAAGUUUGUGUUAGUUUUUUUUGAUGAUAUAUUGAUCUAUAGCUCUAAUCUUAAUGAUCAUGUGCAGCACCUCAAGGAAGUGUUUUCUAUUUUGAGACAGCAUCAGUUCUUUAUUAAAAAGAGCAAAUGUUCUUUUGCAGCAAGUGAAGUUGAGUAUUUGGGACAUUUAAUUGGUGGGGGGCAAGUCAGAACAGAUCCCAAGAAAGUGCAAGCAGUGGCUGAAUGGCCUGAACCCACAAAUAUCAAGCAAUUAAGGGCUUUCUUGGGGCUGGCUGGAUACUAUAGAAGGUUUGUCAAGAGCUAUGGGAUUCUAGCUAAGCCACUAACUCUUCUUCUUAAGAAGAAUGGAUUUGAGUGGUCAAGGGUAGCUGCUGCAGCUUUUACUAAACUCAAGGAAGUCCUUAUUUCUGCACCUGUACUCACUCUUCCAGAUUUCUCGAAACAAUUUGUAGUUGAAACUGAUGCUUGUGGAGUAGGGGUAGGGGCUGUUCUAAUGCAAUCCGGUCAACCAAUUGCUUACUUUAGCAAGGGUUUGGCUGAAAGGCAUCAAAAACUCUCGAUAUAUGAAGAGGAAUUGAUGGCGGUGGUCUUGGCUGUGCUUCAUUGGCAUCAAUAUUUGGAAAGGAAAAGAUUUAUAAUAAGGUCUGAUCAGCAAAGCCUAAAAUAUCUGCUAGGGCAGAAGUUAAAAAUCAGUUUUCAGAUGUUUUGGGUUGCUAAAUUAGCUGGUUUUGACUAUGAGAUUCAGUACAAAAAAGGGAAUGAAAAUUCUGUUGCAGAUGCUCUCUCAAGAAUACUGAAACAGUAAAUUAUGCAGAUGAUUUUAGACACAUCAUCACCAGAGUUGCUUGAGAAGAUAAAGGAAAGUUGGAAUGUGGAUGCUGUUAUUUCAGAAAUCCGGAAGAAAACGUAAGAGAAUGAGGGAAUCUAAGGUCAUUUUUCUUAGGAUGGGAGCUUAUUAAGAAGAAAAGGGAAGCUGGUAAUAGGGUCUCAUCGUCCUUUGAGGCAACAAAUAUUGGAAUGGCUCCAUGCAAGCCCACCAGGUGGUCAUUCAGGAAUUCAGGCUACAUAUCAGAGGGUUAAGUCCUUAUUUUGGUGGAAAAAAAUGAUAAUUGACAUUUCUGAUUUUAUUAAACAAUGUGAUACAUGUGCUAGGUGUAAAUAUGAGACUGUUGCUGCCCCUGGACUAUUACAGCCUUUGCCUAUUCCUAGUAAGGUAUGGGAGAGUAUCACUAUGGAUUUUAUUGAAGGGCUCCCUAAAUCCUUUGGCAAGGACACUAUUUGGGUAGUAAUUGACCGUAUGAGUAUGCACACACACUUUGUACCACUCACUCAUCCCUUUUCAGCUUCCAUAUUAGCUCAAAUUUUUAUGGAUCAAGUUUAUAAAUUACAUGGGGCACCAUCUGAAAUUAUUAGUGACCAUGACCCUUUAUUUGUUAGCGGCUUUUGGAAAAAGUUUUUGCAGGUUUUGGGAGUAAAGCAACUUCUUUCCACUGCGUAUCACCCUCAAACAGAUGGGCAGUCUGAAGUGCUUAAUCGUUGCUUGGAAACCUACCUUCGGUGUAUGUGUUGGGAACAGCCCAAGCAGUGGAGUAAGUGGCUGUCACAGGCAGAAUGGUGGUAUAAUACCACUUUUCACACAGCAACUAAGGCUACUCCCUAUGAACUUCUAUAUGGUCGUUUACAGCAAGGGAAGAGAUGAUAGCUGUUCUCAAACAUCAUCUCCAUCGUGCUGCGAAUAUGAUGAAGCAAAGGGCAGACUCACACAGAUCUAAUCGGGAAUUUGCAGUGGGGCAAUGGGUUUUCUUAAAGUUACAACCCUAUAGACAGCUUUCUGCAGUUUCUAGGAGUAACCAAAAAUUAGCUCCUAGGUAUUUUGGUCCUUACAAGGUGAUUCAAAGAGUUGGAGCAGUGGCGUACAAGUUAGAACUACCACCUGAUUCUAGAAUACAUGCAACCUUUCAUGUAUCCCUAUUGAAGCUAUGUCCUGAUCCUAAAGUCAAGCAGAGGCAUCCACCUCUUGACUGGCUUGAAAUACCUCCUGUUUUAGAACCCGAAUGCAUUUUGCAGAAAAGAGUUGGCCGGAAAAAGAGGAGGAUAAUUACUGAAAUUUUAGUCAAGUGGAAGCAAUUACCUGAGGAAGAAGCAUCCUGGACAGCUUUGCAUCAGUUUCAGCAGCAAUUUCCUCAAUUUGUUGUUACUGAUCCUUGAGGGCAAAGAUCUCUUUGGGGGGGUAUUGUUAUAAAUUUGUAAUUAGGAUAUAAUUGAUUAGUUAGUUAAUAUAGCCGUUGGGAAAAGCUUGGGAAGGGACGUCUAUAUAUAGGCUGAUAAUUGUAUUUUGAUGUUUUAUGAACGGAAGACGUAUUAUUCAGUGCAAUCUCUAUUUCUCAA